UCUGAGACCUUCUCAUCAUCCGUCCCGAGAUUCGCCCACAUUCCUUGCGUUUGAAUAGCGUCCGGCUAUCAUUUCUGCCUCGUAUUCUCCACUGUCGCCUUCCAACCUGGAUUCGUUAACCCUUUCGGCGGGGUCCGGAGCCCAGUUCCACGACGUCGUAGACACGAUGGAGCAAGAUCACAUUGCUGCGUCUCUCCCCCACGAUGUCCACGAUGUCCAGGAUGAUACCCUUGUUGGUUUCGAUGGGCCUAUGCAUAUCGGGGGUGAAUCAAGCGGUCACGAACCUCACCACCGGCAAUCGCAGUCUCUCGACCGAGGACUAGCCAACAACGCGCACACCAAUGACAUCGACCCCAACACUAUCGACUCAAACGUUGUCGAUCCCAGUGCUCAGUUCGAGGCCCAUCCAUAUGAACCUCCUGCGCAGUCUAUGUCGAGACCUGCUUCAUCAUCCGGUCCUGGCGAAAGGCACUACACCGGCGAGACUCCGAGGGAGAGCAACGGUGCAGAUCGCAAUACUCGAAACCACGUCGUGAUCAAGGUCGGCAUGGUGGGAGAUGCGCAGAUUGGGAAGACAUCACUGAUGGUAAAAUAUGUCGAAGGUAGUUGGGACGAGGAUUAUAUUCAGACGUUGGGUGUCAACUUCAUGGAGAAGACGAUCAGCAUACGAAAUACCGAGAUAACGUUCAGCAUAUGGGAUCUAGGCGGCCAGAGAGAGUUCGUCAACAUGCUUCCCCUAGUUUGCAACGAUGCCGUUGCCAUACUUUUCAUGUUCGACUUGACGCGCAAGAGUACGCUUAAUAGCAUCAAGGAGUGGUAUCGCCAGGGACGAGGCUUCAACAAGACGGCGAUUCCUAUUCUGGUAGGAACGAAAUAUGACCACUUCGUUAACUUUCCGAGAGAGGACCAGGAGGAAAUUUCGAACCAGGCAAAACGAUUCGCCAAGGCGAUGCGAGCUGCUCUUAUCUUUAGCAGUACUAGUCAUAGCAUCAACGUCCAGAAGAUCUUCAAGAUAGUCUUAUCAAAGGCCUUUGACCUCAAGUGCACGAUACCUGAGAUCGAAAAUGUUGGCGAGCCCCUCCUGCUCUACCAGUCGGUUUAAUCUUGAACCCAACCUACACUUUGUAGUGUUUGUUGGAAGAGGCCCUGCGUGGUGUUAAUCCAGCCCUUAUUAUAAUUGCGUGGUUUCGAUUCACGCCACCCCUUUACAUUUUACGAUAUUCAACGGCCUUUACGACAAUACGAGUUCCAGCCAGUUCUGGACCUAUAAAUCCUGUAGCUUUGCCACAUGGCCGAAACAUGUUCUUGACGCCUGACGGCCAAGCCUUCCAGCCUUAGAACAUUCGAUGCUUUACCUCGGGAGCAUUCCUUUGAUGAGCUGACAUAAUAACGCCGAAUC